AUGGCUCCAAAAGACGCGCUCCUGUCCGGGCUCGGGGGGCUUUCUUUUAAAGACGACCACUGCUCCGUGUCCCCGAGAGCCGCAGCAUGGAUCCACACACCUGGGUCUAAGAGCAGCGGGAGGAGGAGGGACGGAAUGCUGGCGCUGAGGACCGUGUGCGCGGUCCUGAUGCUGCUGAUGCAGAGCUGCUCAGCUGCUCAAGUUGACCUGAAGACCCAGGAGCAGACAGUGCCCCCCCACCUCACAGAUGCUCUGGAGACUGAACCUGUUAUGGAUGGAGCAGACACAACCCUCAAAGUGUUCUCCAAGGCCAAAUCCAUGUGGACUGAGACGGAGGAAGAGGUGCGCACAGGGGCAGAUGGGAAAGUUAUUGCAGAGUCAUUGACCGGAGCUCGGACCUGGACCGAAGUGGAGGCCGAGGUGGAUCAGUGGAGACCUGUGGACUCUGCUUUGCUGGGGCGAAGAGAAAAGGCCUCGUUUUCAUCGAUGAUCAGCAUGUUGGCAGGCACGGCGGAGAUGCAGGCUCCAGCUGCAGCCAAACGACUGGGGCUGCUUUCAAAAGCGUCUUGGACCAAAAGCUCCUCUUCAUCCUCAUCCAGAUCCUCCUCCACAACGACAACAAAAGCCCCCACCACCUCCACCACCUCUUCUAUAGUCAGCAGCACAAGCACAGCCAGGCCGACCCAGACCACCCAGACCACCCAGACCACCUCCCCAGAGAGUGUCAGCAACUCCUCGCAGAGCAACAGCAGCUUCACUCUGGAUGAUUCCGUGGCCAGCCUGCCAGCCUGGGACCUCCCCACUGUCCCAGAGUCUCUCUUAUCCACCGUGGGCGACCAUGACCUCACCCUCCCCGCCAACGUCACCAGCCCCACCAGCGCGGAAGAAAUUGCUCUACCAUGCAACAUCACUGAGAAGUACUACGUCAAGACAGUCUUAUCUCUUGAGCUGCGUAGAAAUCGCUUGGACCUGAUCUUGAAGCAGAACUUGUCCAAAGGACUGAGCCACGCCCUUCAAAGAGCCCUCAAUGACUCUUCAGCAUAUGCACAGGUGGAGCGUGACGACUGCGGGCCCCAUAAUGUGACCUUGGUUUACUACGUGACCAGUGGUAAAACUGUGUACAUCGCUUCUGUGGUGGUGGAAGCACUGAACGUCUACGGCUUUGACAAGUUGUUGUCAGAAAUACGGCAGCACGCGCCUCAGGUCAAAGCCGUGUUGGUCCCUGUGGCCGCGUUGAUGCCCAGUCCGAGCAUUCAUCUGCAGCUCAAAACAGUUUUGAGGUUUGUCGGCCCAACAGACCACAUCUAUUCCUGCAGUUUUAUUCAAACACUGGAGCGAAGGCUGGAAAAUGCAUUUGAGGAGGCUCAGGACAAAGUGUUGGAGACAUACAACAGGCUGAGUGUGGAGAUCCUCAGCGUCCAGCAGGACCCUGGCUCUCCCUCAGUCUCUCUCAUUUACCAUGUGAAAAACCAGGACCUGAUUCUCAAUGGGACCAUCGCAAGUGGACUUUUGAACCAGCUGACCGCCGAGUUAGUGGGCUACUUCCUCUUCUACCCGCCCUUCAUCAUUGCCGAGCCCCUCGAAUACCACAAUCUCAACACAUCGGCAGCGACCAAGAGUUAUUGGGUCAUAACAGUGAUCCAGGAUGUUGACAGCUCAUCCCUGGAGGCGAACUACCAGAGCUUUGCCAGCCUCAUGGAGCAGAGGCUGGCUGAGCUCUUCCUUGUGGCCGGAAGACAAAGCUCCCAGGCGACCCGCUCCCGUCGAGCCACUAAUGUUGGGGGUUACACCGUACAGAUGGUCAGCAUCCGUCGUUUGCCUGGUCCUAAAAACCCAGCAGAGUUGACAUACUACGCCCAGCACAAUGGAGCCCCCAUCACUGGGACCAGUGCGGCCAAGACCCUGAGCAGCCUGGACUCCCAAACCAUGGCGCUGACACUGGGAUACUUUGUACAAGUCCAGGCGGAACCUGUUGUAAAGAUGCCGCCCAGUGACCUGUGGAUCAUGGCCGUCCUCACCCCCCUGUUCUUGCUGGUGGUGGUUAUUGCAAUGGUCGCCUACAUCAUCUGCAAGAGGAACAGAGUUAUGUUUAAAUCCGGUCCAUUCAGAAGCUUCAAGUCGCGCUCCAAGACCUCAUACCGCAGAGAAAGCAGUUACCACCACCAGCCUGUCCAGGGAUUCGACUAUGCCAAGAAGCACAUGGGCCGCAAGGAUGAUGCAGCUUCAGGGACCAAAGAGACACAGGUGCUGAGUCUCCCCGUGAGAGACGCCCCCCUGUCCAUGUCUCUGGACAAGAAGGUCCAGGACGGGACCGGCAGCAAGAGACCCCCGUCUACAGACAUAAAAGGAGGGCGGUUGCCGAGCGAAGAGGACGGCUCCGUCUCCAGUAACGGCUCCGGGAAACUGAACACCGGGAAGAGCUCCUCCACCCGCAGGACGACCAGCGGCAGCAUCAGCAAGAGCGGCAAGGAGGAGCUGCACAAGAGGAGCGACUUAUAUGAGGACCAUUCCAGCUCUCUUCGCCUCAUCACCAUCAAACCUCUGACAGCUCAGCCCACCUACUCCUACCCCACAUCGUCAUCACACAGCCAGGACUCAGUGCUACCAAACGGAGAUGCAAACCACAAUGGGCUGAAGCCAAAGUCUGAAAUCGAGCACUACAGAAACAAACUGCGGCAGAAGCCCAGAAGAAAAGGAUACGGAGAGUUCUCCCUCUCUGAGACUGGCAGCCAUGGCCACGGCCGCCGCCAGUACAGCUGCGGCGGCCUGAAGGAGCCCAUGACGGCCGAGGAGAAGAGGGCCUCGUUCGCCGGCUGCCACAAGAGGUACUCUCACCCACGGGAGCCCACGUACUGGAGCAGACAGUCCCUGACCAGCCCCAGUCCUGUGGAGACUGAGAUGGACCUGCUCGUGCUGCGAGAGAGGUCCAGGAGGGGCAUACGCAAUAACGGCUAUGAUGGGGAGCCGGAGCCGUUUGAGGAGACAAACGUGGACCGUCUGAUGAGUUCUCUGGGCUUCACUGGAGUCUCCUCGGGCACCGGCAGCCUGGGGGUCAGAGCGCACCGCGGCUCAGACUCCUCCACACUCAGCUCGCAGCCCUCUAUCGAUGAGGUCCGAUCGCAGAUGCGCAUGUUGCUGGGAAACGCCUUCAGUCUGGCACCUCCGGACCACGACCCACCGUCUCCUCCAACUAAUCACCUCCGCCAUGCCCACAGCGCCUACAACCCAUCGCACGCAGGCCACUACAGUGACGGAGCGACUAGUGCCCCAGGGACCAUGAACCACCCCUGUGGAGGCCGGCAGCGCAGCGUUCCAUAUGAGGAUAUGCACCAAUGCAGCCUCCCAAAACCGGGAUUCCGGUUCACCCAGCUGCCUGACAUGGGCAUAGGGUCUCCACCUCCGCCCCUGGUCCCAUCGAGACCUCCACCGGGGACCUCAAUACGCCGUUCCACUCCCGACAUGAGCCUCAAGCCCCGUGUGACUGAGACCUCGGAUCUGCAGAGUCAACAACACAAUGGCGCCCCCUACCUGCCAUUGUCCAGAACUCCAUUCCCCGCUGUCACUGUCGAUCAGUCCAUCAGUACAUAUUCAGCCCGUCCUGGAUGUCCUACCCCCCCGAACCUGAAGACCUUCCCCGCCAGUGGAGCGACGCCCCUCAAAACUCACGACACCUCGAGACCAUUUGUUGAAGUGACAUGCCCCUCCAGUUCCCUAACCCCAGCCAUCGCCGUGUGA